AUGAAAAGCAAAGUUCACCCAGCAAUCGCCUCGCUAUCGCUUGGUCGUGCGUACGCCGGACACUUGUUGUCGGACAAAAUAGCCGCAGCCGCAGCUGUAGGCUUCCAAGGCAUCGAGUGCUUCUACGAAGAUCUCGAAUACCACACCAAGACGUUCUCCCCGAAUGACGAUGGACUCGUCCAUGACAAAUCGCCCAACGACAGAGAUCUCUGCGCUGCAGCGCACGACUUCCGCCUCCUCGCCGACAAACACAACCUAAAGGUCAUUGUCCUGCAGCCAUUCAUGCACUACGAGGGCCUGACAGACCCAGCGCAGCGACAGCAGCGACUCGAGAAAUUGGACCUCUGGAUGAAGCUUGCAUCGAUUAUUGGCACAGAUUUGAUUCAAGUGCCAAGCAACUUCCUUCUGAAAGGCGUCACCGGCGACAUCGGACGGCUUGUCGAAGAUCUGCAGCUUCUAGCUGAUAAAGGGGCUGAGCAUGAUCCUCCAGUGCGUUUCGCGUAUGAGGGUGUAUGCUGGGGCACGUUUAUCGAUACAUGGCGCAAAGCCUGGGAUGUAGUCAAGGUUGUUGAUCGAAAGAACUUUGGUUUGUGUCUGGACGCAUUCCAUAUUGCAGGCCGCGAGUGGGCAGAUCCUACGACGGAGUCUGGCGUCGUUGGCUCGGGUGUAGAGAACGCGACUGAGCUCCUCCACAAAAGCCUGAAGGACAUGGCGGCGACAGUUGAUGUCAGUAAAGUGUACUAUGUGCAGUUCGCAGAUGCCCGCAAGCCAAAGACGCCGAUCAUACCAGUUAGGGGACAGACCGCAAGAAUGACCUGGUCCCGGCAGAUGAGAGUCUUCGCGGGCGAGAGCGACGGCUACAUGCCAGUGGAUAUCGUAUUGGAAAGCAUAUUGGCUGCCCCACCGGUAGGGCUUGGAUAUACUGGGUGGCUAAGUGUAGAGCUGUUCAACACGAGCCUGGAAGGCGGUGACGGACAGAUUGUUCCUGAACAUGCCGCGAGGGCGUGGAGGUCGUGGCUCAGCGUUCCCCCAUAG